UGGUAGUAUCAAGUUAUAUUUGGACAUCUAGACUAGUGAAGCAAUACGAGUAGAACUCGACUGCUGAAACUUCUCAUCAUUAUUAUCAAGUCUACCAGUGACAUUGUUAUGAAUGAUGCUGUUUUAGAUAAGAAAAAGAAGUCACGAGCCAUACUAUAUGUAGUGAUCCAUUAGCGAGUCUCUUUUGUUGGGUGAAAGAUAGCUUCAUGGAACUUAAUAUUACCAGCUGGGGCUACAACAAUACUAGCGUAGGAGAAUUAACAUUGGAAGUGUCCAAACUCUCAUAUGUAGCUGUGCUGUUAGGUGUGGUCAUCGUCGUAGGCAACGCCAUCACUCUACUGACCAUCAAGCUGACCCCCAGUUUCAGGACGACAACGGACAUGUAUCUGGCCUCGCUGACCACAGCGGAUCUUCUCAUUGGCGUUGUGAUAAUGUUGAGUUUUGUCUUAAACGCAAGCAACGAAUUAUUUGACCGGAGUGGAAUGGUCUUCAAAUAUGUCUGCCUGUCCUUACAGUGUGUGGCAGGGACUGUUGGUAUGGCCUCUGUCAGCAACCUGGCUUUAGUUUCACUGGAUCGAUGCAUGGCUGUGUCGUAUCCUUUCUUUUACAGAAGGCAAGAAAUAUAAAUAUAUAUGUGUGUGCAGUGGCGUAGCAAGGUACAUAUGGGGGCCCGGU